CUUCCUGCUGACGAAAGUGUGGUUCAACACUCGAACAGAUUUGCUAUAAAUGUGUUAUAAACAUUGAAUGAGAACUGCCAAACACUUCAUAGAUAACUUGCUCAACUUGAUAUUGACUAUUUGAUCUUUUGAUUGAUGCUGAAGAUACAAUUUUCUGGAGAAGAAGAAAUCCAAAGCACUUGAAUAUAUUAUAAGACCUACUGAACGUGUGGUAGAUCAAUGGCUGAUAGUGAUAGAGAAAAAGCUGCAAACGGCAUGGCAAAUUUAUCGGUUGGCGAUGGAACUUUGGACGUUAAAGUAGAGGAGUCAGAGGAUUUUGUUGAUCCAUGGAACGUAACCAGUUCUUCUGCCAAAGGGAUAGAUUACGAUAAAUUGAUAAAGAAGUUUGGUAGCUCAAAGAUUGAUGAUGUCCUGAUUGAAAGAUUUGAGAAGAUCACAGGAAAGCCAGCACAUCAUUUUCUGAAGAGAGGCAUAUUUUUCUCCCACAGGGAUGUCCACCAGGUGCUAAAUCUAUAUGAGCAGGGAAAGCCAUUCUUCCUGUAUACUGGUAGAGGUCCAUCAUCAGAGGCUAUGCAUUUAGGGCAUCUUAUUCCAUUCAUUUUUACAAAGUGGUUACAGGAAGUUUUUGAUGUGCCUCUGGUCAUACAGCUCACAGAUGAUGAAAAAUUCUUCUGGAAAGAUAUGAAACUAGAAGAAGCUCAAAGACUUGCUUAUGAAAAUGUGAAGGAUAUCAUUGCUUGUGGUUUUGAUGUGACAAAGACUUUCAUAUUUAGUGAUCUGGACUUUAUCGGUCAGUGCCCAGCUUUUUACCAAAACAUGGUAAGGAUACAGAGGUGUGUGACAUUCAAUCAAGUGAAAGGAAUAUUUGGUUUUGAUGACAGUACUAUCAUUGGCAAAAUUAGUUUCCCAGCCAUUCAAGCAGCACCAUCAUUCAGUUCAUCAUUUCCAUUCAUAUUUAAUGGGAAAAAAGAUGUUCACUGUUUGAUUCCAUGUGCUAUAGACCAGGAUCCUUACUUCAGAAUGACCCGAGAUGUGGCACCAAGACUAGGACUCCCCAAACCAGCUCUGCUGCAUUCUUCCUUCUUUCCAGCUUUACAAGGGGCUCAGACAAAAAUGAGUGCUAGCGAUCCAAAUUCAUCAAUAUUUCUUACGGACACUGACAAGCAAAUUAAGACCAAAAUCAACAAAUAUGCUUUCUCAGGUGGUGGGGCCACAAUAGAGGAGCACAAAGCCAAUGGAGGAGACUGUGAUGUGGAUAUAUCCUACCAGUACCUCAGGUUCUUCUUGGAAGAUGAUGAAAGACUUGACAAAAUAAGACAGGACUAUACCAGCGGAGAACUGUUGACUGGAUACUUGAAGAAAGAAUUGAUAGAAUUGUUGCAGCCUCUUGUCAGGGCUCAUAAAGAGAGACGACAGAAAAUCACAGAUGAACAGAUUAAAGAAUUCAUGACAUUAAGAAAGUUGAAGUUUGACUAUUAAUUAGUGUUUUUCAAUAUGGACUUUAAAAUGUCAUAGUCACACCAGGAGAAAUAGAUGGUUUGAAGAAAUGAAAAAACUACAAGCUUGUACAUGUUUGUAUGUAUUUGAUUUUUCCUAUUAUUUAUUUUUUGUACUUCUCUUAACUCCAGACAUAUCUGUUAAGGGAUCUAAAUGAGAUACAAACUUUGAGGUCUGGAUAUAUUUAAAUGCUGCAAAAUUGUCCAUUACAAUGAUCCCUCUUCAGCAAUCUUUAAAUAUGCCCUAACUGGGUAGCACGUUUAAAUAUACCAUGAAGGAUUAUGUAGAAAAAUUAAAAAUGCUUCUUGAUGUUUGAAAUCGUGCUUACAGGGGAAUAAGAAAAUACUAUUAAAAUGUCUCUUAAACUCAUGAAAAACUUGCAUGAAAUUCAAGGAAACAUUUACAAGAGACCAUUUGCUUUGUAAAAUCUGAAUAAAAAUUACUGAAAACUGA